ACGUGUGGCGUCAACUAAACCCAGCCCAAAAUUCGAAGCUACCCGCCGAUGCUUCUUUAUAAAAGGGCUGGAUUCGCCCUACUUUGUUUAACCAUCAACUACGUUGAGCCUACCUGAAUGGCAACAGCACAAAAGACUAACAAUCAAGAAUCAGACCAUCAGAGAAUUCGCCUACAUACCAAUGAUAAAACCUACCGAAAGACGUCCUUUAAAAAACGGCAUCUGUACAGUAUCAUCAUUCAUAGCAGCAUAUAGCUAAAUGGAUUUGUAAAGCUGUCAUGAACGUUGUAGGCUACUGUACUGGUUAUCAAUGGAAUGUUAACUCUAGGCUUUACUAAACAAGAGGCCUGCAGCAACCUUGCCCUAAAACUAAAACAUCAGUGCUGGAGGAGAACACCCCUCAAACGCAAAUCUAAUCUAAAUUCAAAUCUAUUGAAUUUGACCUCCUAGUGGAUACAGCUUCCAUCCAGACAGCAAACCAAAGAAUAUAGAUCAUUGAUUAAGUUAAUACUUAGCCUUUUUGUGCAUGGUUCAAGAGAUUUCCCAUAUUUCUUAUAGAGGUUUUGUUGAGUCCUGGGAAUAAAGAUGAGUCCAAAGAUGGAGGUUUGGGAUAUUGCCGUUGUAGUGCUCUACUUUAUCCUGGUGCUGGGUAUUGGCUUCCUGGCCAUGUGGAAGGCCAACCGAAGCACAGUCACUGGAUACUUCCUGGCAGGACGCUCAAUGACCUGGGUGGUAGUGGGGGCAUCACUUUUUGUCAGCAACAUCGGCAGCGAACACUUCAUUGGUCUGGCGGGUUCAGGAGCAGCCAGCGGUUUUGCUGUGGGUGCCUGGGAGUUUAACGCCAUCUUACUGCUACAGCUGCUUGGUUGGGUGUUCAUCCCUGUCUACAUCCACUCUGGGGUUUACACAAUGCCAGAAUACCUGUCCAAGCGCUAUGGGGGCGACAGGUUGAAGGUUUACUUUGCUUGCCUGUCUCUUCUGCUUUACAUAUUCACCAAACUCUCUGUAGACCUGUACGCUGGAGCGAUUUUCAUCCAGGAAUCACUCGGCUGGAACCUGUACCUGUCAAUCGUCCUACUCAUCAGUAUGACUGCUCUACUCACAGUGACUGGUGGACUGGCGGCUGUUAUGUACACCGACAUGUUGCAGGCGGUGUUGAUGAUUGGUGGAGCCCUCAGCCUGACUGUCAUUAGCAUGCAUAAGGUGGGUGGUCUAGAGGGUGUCAGAACCAAAUACAUGCAGGCAGUCCCCAACAUAACGGCCAUCAUGGCUAGUGGUAACUUCUCUUACUCCCCAUCCUGUCGAGUGGAGCCCAAGCCCAACUCCCUGCGCAUUCUGCGAGGCCCCCUGGAUGAGGACAUCCCCUGGCCGGGGUUCCUUCUGGGCCAGACCCCGGCCUCCAUUUGGUAUUGGUGUGCUGACCAAGUGAUUGUCCAGAGGGUGCUGGCAGCCAAGAACAUUGCUCAUGCAAAGGGUUCCACUCUCAUGGCUGGGGUCCUGAAGGUUCUCCCCAUGUUUCUCAUUGUCAUCCCUGGGAUGAUCUCCAGGAUCCUGUUUGUAGAUGAGAUCGCCUGCAUUGGGCCAGAGCAUUGUUUGGCUGUGUGUGGCUCCAAGGCCGGCUGCUCCAACAUUGCCUACCCUCGGCUAGUAAUGUCCGUAAUGCCUGUGGGACUACGGGGGCUAAUGAUGGCCGUGAUGAUUGCUGCGCUGAUGAGUGACCUGGAUUCGAUUUUUAACAGUGCCAGCACCAUCUUUACCCUGGACAUCUACCAGACCGCCAGGCGUGGUGCAUCCCAGAAGGAGCUGCUGCUGGUGGGCCGUAUGUUUGUGAUUUUCAUGGUGGUCAUCAGCAUUGCCUGGGUCCCUGUCAUCAUCGAGAUGCAGGGUGGACAGAUGUACCUUUACAUACAGGAAAUGGCUGGCUAUCUGACUCCGCCUAUUGCUGCCCUCUUCCUGCUGGGAGUCUUCUGGAGGCGUUGCAAUGAGACGGGUGCAUUCUGGGGAGGCAUGACAGGGUGUAUGCUUGGGACGGUCCGUCUGAUCCUGGCCUUUAUCUACCGGGAGCCUCCCUGUGACAAGCCUGACGAGCGGCCAUUUUUUAUAACGCACAUCCACUACAUGUAUGUGGCGGCGGGUCUGUUUUGGCUCACUGGGUUGGUGGCGGUGGUGGUCAGCCUCUGCACUCCCCCACCCGACAAGGAACGUGUCUGGACCACCACUAUUUGGGGGCUGCAAAAAAUCCGGAAGGUUCUCCGGGAUGACCGGGAGGCGUCUUACCGGUUUACAGAAAGGAGCCCGGUACACAGUACUGGCAAUGGGAGUAUCCAUAAGGACCUUCCAGUGGAUCUGUGUAAAGACCCAUGUCUAGACGGGGCCAACAUCAAGCUCCUUCUCCCAUCUAUUGAGCCUAAGACCCCCAGCACCACAGAGACGACCCCAUCAACUACACCUGGUGACCAACGUGAUAAUAGCCACGAGGGCUGCCUUGAAGACAAGGGAAAGGGGUUCUGCCUUAAAGUGCUCAACCAGGUCAGUGGCAGAAUACUAGGAGCUAAGGAGGGGAUCCCAUGCAAGUUUUCAAAGGAAGACGAUGAGGCGUCCAAUAUUAUGAUGUUGUAUGAGCCUCCGAGAAUCAAAAUGUUCCUCAACCUGGGUCUGGUGCUGGUGUGCUCCCUUGGGGUGUUCCUGUUUGUCUACUUCUCUCUGUAGUUCCUUCAGACACCCUAGUGACCAGCGCACUGACUGACAGAAGGAGAGGGAGUAGUUAUUGUUUGAGUUGUUAUUUAAGCAUCUUUCUGACUAAAGUCUUCAAAUGCCUUGUUUAUAAUGUACACAAAUGGGUUAUAAUAAACAAUGCAGGGUAAAUGUAGUCACUUGAAACUCUAAACAGGUAUAGGGGUACAGAGCCUUCAACUGUUUACAUAUUUAAAUCAGUUGGUCCUAGUGGCUUGCUUAAGUAAAUGCUUUGAAAUUCGAAAUCUUCCACCUGUUUCAUUACUAAAGGGUCAAACUCAAUUAUAAAUUGAACAUCCUGGAUUUGUAAAGUGCUAACUGAUAUUCCAGAGAGGAUUUUGAUUUCACCGAGUAGUUAACAUAUAUGACAUCAUAUAUUAACAUAUAUUAAAAAAUACAACUGAUAUUGGUUGAGGAUUUCUGCCUUAGGUAAUAUAUGCAAUAUGUAUGUGUAAUAAACAUGUACAAAUAUGUAUACAAGCACACAAUGAUGGUGUUUUUGUGCUAAAGUUAGUAUGGGAAACACUGAAAUUAGCUGAAGCCUAAUGAACACUAACCCCUCUAGUAACCCAUUCUAUAGAGAUACUUUAGUGUCAUAAUUGGACUGGACUAAUUUCUGCUAAUGAUUGUUGCUGACAAACAUCACAAGAUGUGGAUAUGGUGUGAGAAUAUCUGUUAAGUCCAAGCUUCAUGGACUUGUUUCGAUCUUGGUUUUUAUUCUCCGUUGUGUUUGUAAUCCAACUGAUGCUGUGUUUGGUGUUAAGCCUUUAUUAAUGAAGACUAUUUUAUAGUUACACUAUUUGACAAGCCAUUCUUUACGGUCCUUUAAACUAUUCAUGAGCCUGUAUUGUGGUUUUUUCUGUGUGAUGUAUAUGUUUGUGAGGGUAUUGAUUUCAGUCUUCUCUUCACUAUUUUGUCCCCCCCCCCCCCCACACUAAAUGCUUGUAUGGUUUUUUUCUGAUGAGUAUUUAUAUGUCU